GCAGUUCAUGGAUUCAUUUACCAGCCGCAUUUGACUUUAGUAACAAGCUACUACCUAUAAUCUUGAAAUAGUUGCCCAGCAUCAUCAAUUCCGCUGCAAGAAGAAGAGUAGCACUGAAGUCUCGUUCAUUCAUCCUCAAAACGAAAGAGCGCCACAAUCCGACCCCACCUCAAGUUAAAAGACUAUAUCGAUGACCGUUAAGAUACGGUUAAGAGCUCCUCAAGGGGUCUCAACCCUUGAUUUAGACCCAGAAACUACCACAGUAGAGGAUCUCAAAGUGCUGAUCUUCUCUAGCACUGAGAUACCUCCGGAUGAGCAGGAUAUUAAGUAUGGUUAUCCACCCAAGCCACUUCCAUCAACGGCGGGGCCGUUGUCUUCCAUCCCCAUUGGCAAGGGAGAGCAGCUUAUUGUCAGCUCUAUACCAUCGGGUGGCCCUUCAAAGAAGGUACCAGUUGUUGCCCAACCUUCAACAACUACUAGCUCAGCUCCUGCUGCUUCAAGGCCUACCAAUGCGUCACCAGUUCUUGCUGCCCCCUUAGUGUCGAAUGCUUCUCAAGGCGAAGGUGUAGAAAGCGGCGAGAGCGUUGCCGUACCGGGCAGAGACGCUGGAUACCUGCAGCUGAGGGUUGUACCGGAUGACAACUCUUGUCUUUUCAGUGCUAUUGGUAUUGUAUUUGAGGGCGGUAUCGAGGCAGCUCAGAGGCUGCGUAUGGUGGUGGCCAACGCCAUUAAGGAUGACCCUUUUACAUACUCCGAGGUUAUGCUUGGCCAACCGAUCGAUCAGUAUGUGAAGCGGAUCCAAAAGCCGCAGACAUGGGGAGGAGCUAUCGAACUCUCAAUAUUUGCCAAACACUACAAGACUGAAAUUGCCUCGUUUGACGUAGCAACAGGGCGUUGCGAUAGAUUCGGCCAAGAUGAAUAUGACACACGUUGCAUUCUCGUCUACUCUGGUAUUCACUACGACGCCAUCAGUCUAUCACCUCUCCCUGUUUCCCCAGCUUCUUUCCACACCACAAUAUUCCCUGUAACUGAUCAAAUCAUUCUUACUACUGCGGACAAGCUCGUCUCACAACUUCGAGCUAGGCAUUAUUAUACCGACACUGCAAACUUUGAUCUCAGGUGUGCGAUAUGCAAGAAGGGUCUGAGAGGAGAAAAAGGUGCGAGAGAACACGCCAUGCAGACUGGUCAUGUCGAGUUUGGCGAGUACUAAGGUUCCAUCAAUUAUCCUUCCGGCACAAUAUAUGAGCGUUAUUCUGUCUUUUAUGUAGUGUUAAACUACCAUAAUAUCCAUCUAAUGAAGUAUAUCAAAUCCGUCUGUAAAGAAAAAAUA